GUGCCGGGCGGGUCGUCGCGCGCGCCACCGUUACCGGGGUGGCCAUUUCCGUUUUCGAUUCCGACGUCAUCCAACUCCGAAAGCCCGUGUGUUUUGUGUUUCUUUGGGGCCACGAUGAUUAUCGCUAAUUUAACAUUGAAACUUUUGAAAUUGGAAUUAGGUUUCUUCAUGUCUUAAAACAUUUCAAAAAUAUACCAGACCACAAAAGGGGCAAACACAUUGCUGGUCUUAAGACACAAAAAUAAGCAACCUACAAAGAUAGUAAAACUAUUGUGUACAUAAGAAAAAAGAAGAAAAAAGAAAAUUUGAAACAAACGUAAACGUGACGACUCGUGACUGGAGUACAAUUCGGGAAUAUUAAGAAACAUGGGCAUUCAAGACUUGCAAACUUUCCUGGACGGCAAUUGCGUACAAGGGGGAUCUGUACCUGUGGACUUGUUGAAGAUAGCGCGUAUGGUCGCUCAAAAAUCCCAACGCAAUCGUGUGAUUAAAGGACAGCAGUUGCAUAAUUUCGGCAAAUUAAGACUAGUUCUCGAUGGAGAAUGUUGCUUGGACCGAUUGUAUGGAGGAUUCUUCUCAGAUUGGGCUUGUGGUGGACAAUGGAAUCGUAUGCUCCAAUUUCUUGCUGUUCUUAUACAAGCGAUGGAAAUGUCGGGAUUGGAGAUAGCUGUAUUCUUUAAUGGAUGUUUCGAGCCUCUUCGGAGAGCAGAUUGGGUGCAACAACAGUUGCAAGUACGCGCUAAAGUUAACAAUGUCUUGAAACAUAUAACAACGAAAGGUACGCCGCCACCGAAAAUCUGGUGGACUCCUCCUGUAUGUUUAAGAACCAGUUUACGUAUGGCUCUCAGGCAUCUGAAUGUCACAGUUCUAUGUAGCAUGGAUGAUCAUCAUCAAGAAGUCAUUGCUUACUGUCGUGAGAAUAAUUACAAUGGAUUGAUAGCUGAUGAUGCAGAAUACGCCGCGUUCGAUCCUCCACGCUACUUCUCAUCUGAACAAUUAAAACUUACAUACAAGGGUUCUCUCGAUACAAAGGAAUACAUGCUUUCCGAACUCACUAGAGCUCUCAACAUACCAUCCGACAGGCUCUGUAUAUUGGCAGCUUUACUUGGAAAUUACAUACUGACCGAAAAUGACUUGGCCGACUUCUACAAAAAUAACAAUAUUAGCACCAACGUGCUAAAUAAAACAAGCGUCGAACAAAUGAUCAAGAUAAUUGCGAAUUUCGUCAGGGAACUUCCGUCUGCGGAAUUGGAUGUGGUUUCGCAAAAGGUGUUCGGUUCCGUCUCCGAUCCAAGGUGUUCGAAAUUGAGACAAUCUGUUCAAUAUUACUUAAACGGAACGAAAGAGGGAUUUUUACAUUACAAGCCAGUGAAACCUGCGAAAGUCCAUAAACUCGAUUCCAAACCGAGCACACAAACUCAGUCAAGUUUGUCGGACACGCCAUCAGCCUCGGAAGGUGACUCCAAUUUGGAAACGUCGCGAUUUGCGUCUGAAACUCUGGAGAGCGAACGCGAAAGUUUGAACGCGUACAAACAGGCAACAGCUAACGCGAAGGCGGCGCCGCAAAUCGUAAUCGAUCCACCGGGUAUUCAAGGCCAUGGGGAUACCGAUGCCAUACGUACGGAGGAAGAGCAAAGCGAUGGACAUGCUAUCAACGGUACUCACAAUCUCUUGAUAAGCUCGUCCAGUUCGAGUAGUAGCUCGUCUGCGACAUCGCCGUCCCACGCAACGGCCGACUCCGCGAGGCAGCCGGAGAAGACGACCAACGUUCCCACCACGUCGCCGGAAGUUAUGCGCACCGCCUCGGAGCGUCAUCAGAAGGGGCUGAUGUCGCCGUACAUCUACCAGAUUCUCAUCGCCGGUGAAAUCAAAUUGCCGGUCCUUCUGGAAGACGAGAACCACCGUGAAUUUCCGUCUAUACACGUGAUUUAUAGACCAAUUCGGCAGAUGGUGUAUGCGAUUUUGUUCAAUCUUCAUCACCGAAUGUACCUAGCUAUGAAGAGCAAAGAGAAAGGCGAUAGCGAAAAGGUCGAUUUACCGGAUGUAAUAAUAAAAGAGUGGGUAUGGUCCAAGUCCAAUCCGUAUCAGACUCCCGAAUUGGUGAAAGCGGAACAGAUCGGUUGGGGCGUACCUACGAUUCAACGUUUGUGGUUCGGCACAGUCAUAGAUGAUAAACGGCGAAGACUCAGGGGUUUCCUGACUUGCAUGAGAUCGGACACACCUCUCAUGUUAAAUACCGCGUACGUGCCGCAACAUCUGCUGGUCAUGGCCUGUGUUUUAAGAUACAUUAUGUCCUUUUCUGACAAAAUAAAAAUCUUGCGCCGUCAGGAGUUGGACGCUUUCAUCGCGCAAGCCUUCUCGCCGGAGCUCAUGAACGCUCAGUACUUGCAGGAUUUGCAGCUUCCAUUAGUGACAUCGCGCGGCGUACAACUGGCUACAUUGUUCAUGGCUGGUGUCGAGACUGCAUUAUUAGCGAACGAUGCUUGUGGCGCGCCGAUUCCAUGGUUAAUGUGCUGCCCCUGGCUCUACUUCGACGGCAAAUUGUUCCACCAUACGCUGGCUCGUGCUACUAUUGCCAAGAACUUAUUGGAACUGUGCAGCGGUCAUAUUGACCGCGUUGUAAAGGUCGAGAGGAUGAGAAAAGCUAUACUCGAGGGAAUUACCGUUGUGUUUGCGCGACCGCCCAUGCCCGUCACUCCAGGUAUUCGUGUAUCAGUUCCCUCCAAUAUCUUGCCUGCCAGUUGUACCAUACCCAACGACGGGCUGAUGCGCGGUCGUGGCAGCGGCACGUUACCGCAACGCGGUUUAAUGCGCCGUCCAAUCCCCUCGCGCGGUGGUCAGCUGGAAAUCGCUGGUGUCGUGGUGGGUCAAUGGGGCCCGAAUUACGGACAGCCCGGUCGAUUGCCGCAACCCCUGCAGGGGCAUCCCCGCGGACGGAUUCCACCGCAGGUAACUUCUAUUGGUGGACUUAAAUACGGUCUUCCACGUGGAUUUAAUCCGAUAAACCGACCGACAUUUCAAACACGCGGGGCCACCCGUGCUCCGAUCGCUGGACGUGGCAAGAAAACUCAAAUGAAGGUAUCCGGUAAAAAGAAAACUACUAUUAAGAAGACCAAGGAAACUGAGAAAAAGGACAACAAGGGCCGUGUCACUGUAGAUGGAAUUACCGAUUAUAACGAAACUCAAACCGAUAACGCUCGUGCAUUACUGACGAAAGACGCACUGCCAGUACCAGGUCAGUUUGAUGAUGCAGUGGAGAACGGUAAGGGCAUGGAAAAGGGGCAAGGCGAUGCGCCGCUCGUCACUGCGGUCGCCACGGAAAAUUAGAUGUAAAAAAAGAAAAACUUCUCGAAAAAGGACUGCAACUACUCCCAAAUGGUGACUCAAGACUGCUAACAAUCUACUUAUAUAUUCUGAGCAAUUGUGCAUCAGUAACAUUUGAAUAUCGGUCUUCGAAAUUAUUACACAAAAAGAUUUCUUGAUAAUCUUUAAAUAGAAAAUUUAAUAUUACAAAUUAUUAAUUAUUAUAAACUUAUAUAGUAAAAGAUAUUUUUCUAUUUCUUUGUCUAAAUUUUGGUAGACACUUCUGGAGGCAAUGUGUAUUAUCCGCAGAUUUUGCGAAUCAUCAAAAACUAAACUUAUUCAGAUGUUUAUUACCAUUCAUUAAACGUACUUCAGAUUUUGAAUUGACAACAGUUACAGUAACUUAAAAUUAUAUUUAUAAUUAUCUGGUUUCUUUUUUUAAAUUAAAAUUCUAUGGUAUAUAUAUCUAAUAAUAACAAAAUUAAUAUGAUGAUUUCGAACACAAUUUCAUCUUCUAAAUAUUGAUAGCUAUUGAUUUGAAUGACAGCUAUCCGAUUCUGAAUGUUACAUGCACAAUAGUUCUAAAGCUCUGAUGGGUCCAAACUAUUGAUCUAUUAAUAGGAGACAAGAAAUCUUUACUUUACGGUGUCUCGAUAAAGCACGCGGCACGAUGUGUAAAGAUUUUACCCGUUCUUGACGUAUGCGAUACAUGAUGUCCUCACUGCCAAACGUACCACUCUGUAUAAGAUAGAAAGACAAAAAAAAAAUCGUGCUUGUGCUAAAGAAAAGCAAAGAAAAAAAAAAGGAAAACAAUGCGAGCCAAUUUCGCUCGCAUUACCAUGGAAUGGAACUCGACUGAUUAGUGUAUGCGUGCGCUAAUUUUACUACUCAGAACAAAUCGUCUCAGCUGCUAUAAGUAUUUAAUUCUUAAGAAGUGUGAUUAUUUUUUUUACACGAAAAUAUAUAUUUUCCGGUAUUAUAUGAAAUGCUCGCUGCGACGUAUCUCAGUGAUUCGAUUUGAUCGACAAAGGAGGAGGGUAGUCUGAUAUACACGUACACAUACAUACACAUACACGCCAUAUUGAUACAUGUUAGCGGUUAAUUGAUUUUUUGUAGAUAAAAGCGUCAGACGGGACACUGAGAUAGUCAUUAGCACAUGGAGACUGAUGCUUUUCAUAUAGGUAAAAUAUAUAUUUAUAUAUAUACAUAUAUUAUUUAGAUUAGAGUUCUCAUGCAGUAUAUUAUACGUAAGUUGUGCCUGUGUAAAGCGUGUGAAUGUAUUGUACCUGAGAGUGUGAAAGAGAAAUUGUGAAUAUUGGAGCGUGUGUGUAAUUAUAAGAGUGAAUGAGAGAGAGAGAGAGAGAGAGAAAGUGAGAAAGAAACGAGUGGAAAAGAGCGAGAGAACGAGAGUGAGAAAAAGGGAGGAGUGAAGAGAGUGAGAGUGCGAGAGUGUGAGAGCCACGAUAAUGAUGUACAUACACGUGGCAUAUUACGUCGUUAUAGACACGUAUACAUACGGGUAUUAAACCACCCUAUGUAUGUACAUGUGCGUACCGACGAGGGUACGCACACAUGAGUCUAGAUCAUAUAUUUAUUUGCGUUGGAGAAUUGUGUGAACGGAUUUCCUGAAUGGAAUUUGAGGUUUAGAUACGAUAACGUUUCUAUCUAACGGCAGACUUGAGGCUUAUCGUAAGGCUGGCUAGUAUAAGGGUGUUUGUUGAGAAAUAAUCCUUACGGUAUGUCUCAUAUUGUUUGAACUAUAUGCUACAUUAUGGUGCAUGUGCUGCAAUUACAUUGGAAACAUUUAGUUUAUUAAAUUUAUAUAUAAAAAAUUUACAUUACAAUAUAUCAUUAUAAUAUAAAUAUUGUUUAUAUAUUAUAUAUAAAGAAUAUUAAUAUUAUAUGAUAAACAAGUUUCCAUAUAUGCACAGAUUUAUGGAAAUUGAAUAUACAUAUUUCAUAUUGUUAUAAUAUAAAUAUUCUUUACACACAAUGUAUAUAAUAUUUAUAUUAUAAUAUUAUAAUAAUUCGAAAUGUGUGCUAGAUCAAUUUCGAUAUUUCAGUUUGAUUAAAAUUGAUAAUACGUAUUAAAAAUACGUCACAAAUUGAUUGUUGAACAUUUAAGGAAAGAAUUAAUUUUUUUUUUGCACAAAACAAGACGAGCUUUUCACUGCACACCUGAUGUAGCAUAUUUCGAGAAAUAUUCUUCGUUUAAUUGUACAUAUGAACAGUUGCUUUAUAAGUGACGCAGUGUGAUUGAUAUGGUGUAUAUACAGAAUUCAGGUGCGUAUGUGUUUAUUACGCAUCGGAAUAGGAGAUGAUUAUGUUAAAAAUAUGCUAUUUAUGUGUAGAAUAGUCUAAACGACUUUCUACCAAAGAUCAUCGGAGUUUAAAAAGAGAUAAAAAAAAAGCGAGGGUUCUUUUAUCAAUAGAAAAUGAUAUAUAACAGCGAAAUAACAAGACAGCACGACAGAACACGAUUAUUAAAAUAAGUAACGAAGACGAGGCAGACACGUGUCUAAGACACGUGCACGAAGGUGAUUAAAGCGAGUAAAAAGAGAAAACCAUUUAUUGAGAUAAUAUAAUGAGAUAUGGUGAUAAGAUAAAAUGUUAUAUUUUUGUAGAUUUGUUAUUGCGUAAAAUGCAUUAGGACAAUGAGAAACUUUAUAUAAUUUGAGGUAAAAUGACAGUUAACGAGUCUGAGAAUGGUUGAAGGUGCAAGAUCCUGUGAGAGAAAGGGAGAGAAAGCGAGAGAAGGAGAAAGAGAGAGAGAGAGAUAGAGAAAGACAGACGGAAGUGCUUUAAAUGGCAUGUUAAGGAAAUAUAACAUCCGCGGAUAAAUUUUGCCGAAAAGAAAAAAAAAAGAGGUAACGAGUCCCAUGUUCUCCUACAUUUCCGAAGCUCUCAGUUUCCUGAGUUGCGGAUAGGAACAGGAAAAAAAAAAUAAAAGAUGUGUAUAACGCAUAUAUAUAUAUGAAUAACAGAGAUGAAUUAUAUAACUAAUAAUGUCAGCUUCGAUGUGCGCCGAGCAUAUGUGGAAAAAAAUAAUUCGACCGUUUUUACGCGAUGCAUAUUUAUGCGAAGUAAUCAACAUUUGCUUAAUAACGUAUUUGUCACGACACGAUCGUUUGUAAAAUCAUACGUUUCACGGAUACAUGUAAUAUAUGAUUUUCGUAAUCAUCCGAGUCUCACGUAACCGACUUACGAUUAGCGUACGAACGCUUACGAUUACUUUGCAAAGUACGUUGCAAUGCACCGAGUACGAUCGCUGAUACGAUAUUCCUUUCUGAAGAAUAAAAGAAAACAAAUAAAAGAAAAACGUAAAUUUCGAGAAUUGACAAAGCCGUUCGUUCCGAACGCGUAUAUACAAUAUACACACAUGUACACACAUAAUACAUAUUUAACACGUACUAGAGAAGCCGACCUUCUUGAAUCUGACGAAAUACGAAUUUGAGAGUAAAAAAAAACGCCACUUUACGCUUUUACGUAAAGAUAGAUGAUUUUCUUUCUGAGAAAUCGAACUCUUGAGAGAUAUAUAUAAUAUAUAAUGUAUACCGGAUAUAAAACAAAUAAAGACACAAAUAACGAUGUAUAUGCAACGCGAUCAGUUGCUGCUGCACUGAUAUGAGUAUGCAACAAUAAUAAUAAUAACGUGAAAUAAUUUAAUGUAAACGCGAAGCGUAAUGCAAAAAAAAACGAUAAAAAAAGAGAAUUCAAUAUUGAAUACAGCAGAAAGCAGAAAUGUUGAAAAACAAGGAAACUCGCAUUAAAGCAUUAAAGCGACGUAAAAAAAAAAAACGGGCGCGCUCGCGACUCAAAGUGCGACCGCCUGCUUUUCGUUGUUGAUAAGUAGAAAAAAAAAGUGGGGCCCACGAAAAGUCGUCUAUGAUAAUUACCGAGACAUUACCAUUAAAAAGCUAUAAGUAAUCUAUCGUAUUUAUGGAGUAACAAUCUAUAAUGAUCCUCGAAACAUUGUGUGUUGUGAACAGAUAAUUAAUGACAGAAAAAUAAAAAUUAAUUGUACACCAAAUAAAUGCUAAACUCUCGAUAAUCUUGCUGGAACGACCGGAAACCGAUUCCAUUGUAAAUGAAGAUACGGUUAAAUGGAAUAUCGCGCGGAAUAUUCGUUCUUCACGUGUCUUUAUGUGUAAACGCGCGUAACGUAAACGGCGGCGCGUUGCCGCUUAGACAACACGCUCAGAUUUUUCGAA